AUGAAACGACUUUCUCGGGUUUUUAGCAGUAGCCCAAAGACUGUGCCUACUCAAUCUCGGCCAGCAGCAAUUGUACCGGAAAAUCCAAAGCUGACUAUCGAAGGUCGGUCCAUCGAUGAAGGCCGACCCCUACGAAUCGUGGUUAUCGGAGCCGGUAUUUCUGGAAUACUCAGUUGUAUUCGCUUCAGGCAGAGAAUUCCAAACAUUGAGAUCUGCGUAUAUGAAAAGAAUCCGGAUAUAGGAGGAACUUGGUUUGAAAAUCGAUAUCCCGGCUGCGCAUGUGAUAUUCCCGCACAUACAUAUCAAGCAACCUUUGAGCCGAACAAAGAAUGGUCUACGUUCUAUGCUAGGGCCCCAGAAAUCCACAAGUAUUGGAAACAUGUCGCGGAGAAAUAUGGUUGCAUGAAGUAUAUCAAGCUGAAGCAACAAGUUAACUCGGCAACCUGGGACGAGAGAAGCUCAAAAUGGAAGCUCGAGAUCCAAGAUUUGGACAGCGGCUCUUCAUAUACAGACGAAGGAAACAUUGUGAUCCAGGGAACCGGUUCUUUGAACAACUGGAAAUGGCCAGAAAUCCCGGGACUUGAUGAAUUUAAGGGAAAGUUAUUGCAUAGUGCUAGCUGGGAUGAGGGAUACGAUUAUUCGAAUCAACGUGUUGCCGUUAUUGGCAACGGGUCCAGUGGGAUUCAGAUCGUUCCUGGAAUUCUACCCAAGGUUACACACAUUGAUCACUACAUGCGCAGCCGCACCUGGGUGUCGCCCACAUUUGCAAGGGAAUACAUAGAAAAACAUGGCAACGGAAAUGAUAACUUCACAUUUUCCCCCGAAGAUAUUGAGGAAUUCAAGAACAACCAUGAAGCAUACCAGAAGUUCCGCAAGGGUGUGGAAUUGGAGCUCCAAUCGAUUCACGGAGCUACUCUCAACGGGCACCCAAUGCAACUUGGAGCCCACGAGGCCUUUGUCGAGAACAUGAAACGGCGACUGGCAAACAAGCCAGAGCUAAUCGACGAUCUCAUCCCCGCAUUCCCGCCAGCAUGCCGGCGUCUUACGCCGGGGCCGGGCUACCUUGAAGCUCUCACAGACGAAAAAGUCGACAUCAUCAAGUCGGACAUUGCCAAAAUCGAUGAGAAGGGCAUCAUCACUGCAGACGGACAGCACAGAGCUGUUGACGCGAUCGUCUGCGCGACGGGUUUCGACACUACCUGUACGCCCCGCUUCACAAUCCGAGGUCGGGACGGAGUCCUUCUUUCAGAACGCUGGAAAGAGACCCCUGAGACUUACAUCGCGGUCGCGACAGAUGGAUUCCCGAACUACUUCAUCUCUCUAGGCCCAAACGCUGCGCUAGGCGAGGGUAACCUGCUACUUCUCAUUGAGAAGGAGGUAGACUAUUUCACUAUAAGAUGCAACGGGAUAAUAUUAGAGCUAUGGCUCCGCGCAAAGAAGCAGUACGCCAGUUUCGACGGUACUGUGAUGAAUAUUUCAAGGACACGGUAUUUGGUGGCAAGUGUCGCAGUUGGUACAAGGGGGGGCACGGAAGAGGGUCGCAUUGUUGCUCUAUGGCCUGGCUCAUCACUACAUGCUAUGAAAGUGUUUGCACAGCCUCGAUGGGAAGAUUAUGAGUAUGAAUACGUCAACGAUAACCCAUUUGGUUGGAUUGGCGAUGGUUGGACGGAAAAUGAGAAGAACGACAAGAUCCAUGUGAAUUACCUCGAUGAUGAUCAGGUCGAUUUUCCUGCGGCAAAGUAG